GCCUGCCGGGGCCGCCCGGCCCCGCCGCACUCGCCGUGGAGACCGAGGGGAGCGGAGCCGCAGCCCCCAGCGCCAUUGCCGCCCUCAGCCCGCCAUGGCAGGAGCUGUUGAUGCCAAUGACACCCUGAUGUCCCAGCUGGAUUACUGAGCUCCUGUGUGAUUCCUGGAGCUGCUGCUGUUGGAAUAAGCAGCUGUCCUUAAUUCUUGGCCUGUCCCAGGAGCACCUCCUGGGUGCUGCAUGCAAGUCCUGGACGUGCUGGAGACGAUGGGGAUUGGCAAGAACACCACGGCCAAAUCGGUGGAGGCAGGAGGCUCCACAGAGGGCAAAUAUGAGGAUGAAUCCAAACACCCCACCUUCUUCACCCUGCCUGUUGUGAUAAAUGGUGGAGCCACAUCCAGUGGUGACCAGGACACAGAGGACACAGAGCUGAUGGCCAUCUACACUACAGAGAAUGGCAUAGCAGAAAAGAGCUCCCUGGCAGAGACCCUGGACAGCAGUGGCAGUUUGGAUGCCCAGAGGACUGACAUGAUUUACACCAUUGAAGAUGUUCCUCCCUGGUACCUCUGCAUAUUCCUGGGCUUGCAGCACUACCUGACGUGUUUCAGCGGGACCAUCGCCGUGCCCUUCCUGCUGGCCGAUGCCAUGUGUGUGGGCUUUGACCAGUGGGCCACCAGCCAGCUCAUUGGGACCAUCUUCUUCUGCGUGGGCAUCACCACCCUGCUGCAGACCACCUUUGGCUGCAGGUUACCCCUGUUCCAAGCCAGUGCUUUUGCAUUCUUAGCACCUGCCAGAGCAAUUCUCUCUCUGGAGAAGUGGAAGUGCAAUAACACAGAUGUAACAGUUACCAAUGGAACAGCAGAGCUGCUGCACACGGAGCACAUCUGGUACCCCCGGAUACGAGAGAUCCAAGGUGCCAUCAUCAUGUCCUCGCUGAUCGAGGUGGUGAUCGGGCUGCUGGGGCUGCCCGGGGCUCUGCUGCGCUACAUCGGCCCCCUGACCAUCACCCCCACCGUGGCCCUCAUCGGCCUCUCGGGCUUCCAGGCUGCAGGGGAGCGAGCUGGCAAGCACUGGGGCAUCGCCAUGCUGACUAUUUUCCUAGUAUUGUUGUUUUCUCAGUAUGCCAGAAAUGUCAAAUUUCCCUUGCCCAUUUAUAAAUCCAAGAAAGGAUGGACAGCAUAUAGGCUGCAACUUUUCAAGAUGUUCCCUAUCAUCCUGGCCAUCCUGGUGUCGUGGCUGCUGUGCUUCAUCUUCACAGUGACAGACGUGUUCCCCCCGGACAGCUCCAAGUACGGCUUCUACGCGCGCACGGACGCGCGCCGGGGCGUGCUGCUGGUGGCCCCCUGGUUCAAGGUGCCCUACCCCUUUCAGUGGGGGCUGCCAACCAUCUCUGCUGCGGGGGUGAUCGGGAUGCUGAGCGCCGUCGUCGCCAGCAUCAUCGAGUCCAUCGGGGAUUACUACGCCUGUGCCAGGCUGUCCUGUGCUCCUCCUCCACCCAUCCAUGCCAUCAACAGGGGGAUUUUCAUCGAGGGUCUCUCCUGUGUUCUGGAUGGAGUGUUUGGGACAGGGAAUGGAUCCACCUCUUCCAGCCCCAACAUUGGGGUCCUGGGCAUCACAAAGGUUGGGAGCCGCAGGGUGAUCCAGUAUGGAGCAGCCUUCAUGCUGCUGCUGGGCAUGGUGGGCAAGUUCAGCGCUCUGUUUGCCUCGCUGCCCGACCCCGUGCUGGGCGCUCUCUUCUGCACCCUCUUUGGGAUGAUCACAGCUGUGGGUCUGUCAAACCUCCAGUUCAUCGAUCUGAAUUCUUCUCGGAAUCUCUUCGUGCUCGGCUUUUCCAUUUUCUUUGGGCUCGUCCUCCCAAGCUAUCUCAAGCAGAACCCCCUGGUCACUGGAAUAGCAGGCAUUGAUCAGGUGUUGAACGUCCUGCUCACCACAGCCAUGUUCGUCGGGGGCUGCGUCGCCUUCAUCCUGGACAACACCAUCCCAGGAAGCCCUGAAGAAAGGGGAAUACGGAAAUGGAAGAAAGGGGUUGGUAAAGGAAGCAAAUCCCUGGAUGGCAUGGAAACAUAUGAUCUGCCUUUUGGCAUGAACUUCAUUAAAAAAUACAGAUGUUUCAGCUUCCUGCCCAUCAGCCCCACCUUCAUGGGAUACACGUGGAAAGGCUUCAGGAAAAGCAGUAGCUGCAGGAGUUCAGAUGAAGACUCAGAAGCUACAGUAUAGCCUUAGCUGAAAUGAUAUUAUCUAGUUGUAGUCAAAGAUGUAUUUGCAGUUUCUUGCUGAUUAAGAAGCAUUAAAAUCUAUGUUUUGUAUAUCUGCAUUUAAAUUCUGGAACCAGAGCUGAGACAGAUUUUAAAAAAAAAAGAAAAAAAAAAAAAAGCUUUUCCUGCUGUGGGUGGUGGGAGCCAGGUCUAGUGUCUCUGUGGCAAAUCCUGCUGAUUUUGGGAAGUUGUAGAGAGCUGUGCACCUAAGUGUUGGUUUGAAAUGGUUUAGGUGAGGUGUGGAGGUGCUGCUGCAAACCUUUUGUUUUUAUGGUGAUUUUAUUGAAGCCCUCAGUUUUGGUUAUGCUGAGAAAACUGAACCUUGGAGAAAGAGUUGGGGGGAAGAGAGAAGAGGAAAAAGAUUUCCUUGUGAUCAUGUUAAUUAAGUCCCAUAGAUGCUGUUCUGCCACUCAGUGAUUUGCACAUUCCGUGUUCUCAGCGCCCUGGAAACCGGGCUCAGCUGAUGCUGGCAAAUCAUGAGAGUUCAGUUCUGAGUUACCUGUGAUUUCAGUGGCACAUCCAGUGCUCAGAAGGAAGUUUCUGGAAUAACUUCACCCUUGAAAACCUUGACUGGCUCAGUGCUGCAGCCACUUUAUUUUACUCACAGCAUUUCUCAUUUUUGAACGUUUGCUUUCCCCACCUGCGAUUCUCCCAGCACAUUACAGUGCCCAGGAUUUCUUUCUGAGGCUGGGAUGGGAAACCUGAACUCAGACAGGACCUGGAGGCUGUGUUUCAGUUCAGUGCCUGUGUCCAACAAGGUGUUUCCUGCCAGAAAUGCUAAUUAGCAGCUCCAAGCAAUUAACAGUUGUUCCCUGCAAGGAAAGCCGCGUGCUCCAAAUGCUGCCGGCACUCCUGGCUUGGCUCUGAGCAGGGUUUGGUUUUUUUUUUUGCUGAUGCUGCACAAGACUCAUUCUUCUCCUCUUGUGAGGCUUCUCCAGAGGCUGUUUCCUACUGGGAAGGGGGUUUGGGACAGCAGAGACACUGCACCUGCCAGCCUCACCCACUGGAUGGGUUCACGGGUAUUGGGUCCAAUCAGGGCACCACUCAGAUCUCUUUUUUUGUUCCUGGAAUAGUCUCAGCUCUGCUGUUAUGUGGGUGUUCAUGCUCAUCAUGCAUUCAUGAUUAACAGUUUUAUUCCUGUUUAAUGUUCUUACUAUUGCAAGUUAGUUUUAGACUUCAGUGUGGCCCCAAAAGCAUUUUCAGCUGUGGAGAUCAUCAGGGAAAUGUUGUGUAAUGUAAUUUCAAGGCCAGUAAUGCUCUACGGUGCUUGCGUUUUGUAUUCCUGGAAAACCAUAACAGUAGAUCCUGUAACCCCCUGAUACAUUUAUCCAAGUUUGACUACUGGACAGGAGCACAGGAACUCUGUUUUCUCUAAGUCUGCUCCCAGGGGAAUUUGUUCUGGGUUAUUGAAGCAUGGACGGGUUGUGGGGUGGGGAGGGCAAGGACAGAGCUUGACGGAUCAGUACUGAGUAGUGUAGAGUGGGAAUGAUUCUGUGGAUAUCGUUCUCAGCAUGCCAUGGCUGUUUCCACAAACUGUUUUAUCCCGCUUUUCCCAUGUCCAAGCAUGCCUUUGUUCCUGCUUCCUUUGGGGAACUUUCAGUAGUUUGCAGUCUUGGUGUCAGUUGGACUCGAGAGCUGGUCGGAAGAGUCGUUGUGUAGUAGAUGAGGUUGGUUUGCCUGUGAAACAGAAUCAUUUUUGCUCAUUUUUCAGUCUUUCCUCUCCAGGUAGUGAGGUGUUGGACACAGUUUGGGUGUGGGGCCCUCUGCUCAGUGGCACAAAGCUUCCAAAUUCCCCAGCUUUCCGUGCAACCAAAGAUGUGUGGCAGAGGUUUAAAAUACCCAUGCAAAAGGAAAACACAGGCCACGACCUGAGGGCUUGUGGUGAUGUCAAAUGCCAAAGUUGGUUAUCCUGUAAAAGUGGAGAAAGGGAGGAAAAAGCUUUUCAUUUCCAGCUAACUCCAGAGAGAGGAGGGGUUGAGAGCAGAGUUUGUCUCUCUCACCCUGUUGAGGGAAAUCUGGGUGAGUUCUCAGUGGAGGUUCCCAAGACACUCAGAGUCCCAGGGCAGCAAAUCCUGGGAUAGUUCUCUCUCCUCCCUGGAGCAGAACACCCCUCCUUCCCACAGCACUCCUCAAGCAGGUGCAGUCCAAUUUUCUGUUGGAUUUAAUUCUUUUUGUGAUUUGUGCCCAUUCCCCUGCCCCCCUGGUCCUGGGAAGCAGCUGGAAUUAGGGUCACUUGAUUCCAUUUGGUCAGUGGGACAAAUCCCCACCUGUUCCCAUGGUGAAAGGUGAGCCCUGCACUCUGGAAGUGGAGGAAGGGUUGGGCUGAGAUGGGCACAGGGGAUGUGGGAACAGGAGCUCCUCUGUCCCCUCCUGGGGCUCCUGGAGCCCUCCCAGGGGGAUGAGAGCAGUGCUUUGCUUUGGGGGGAAAUCCCUGAGUUCACCCUGGGUUUGUGAGAUGCAGGGGCGAUUUUGGACCUUCAGUCCUUGUCCCACCUUCCCAUUCCCUGGUCCCUUUUUUUUCCCCUGGUCCCUUCUUCUCCUUGUCCCUUCUCCUGGUCCCUUCUGGGCACAUUCCCAAGUGGCUACUGGGAAGUUUCAGGGAGCUGGGUGCCCAUGGUGGUAGAGGAUGAAGCUGCAGUUUUGGGGAGCAUUAAACACGAGUUGUGUGUGUCCAGGUGUAACUUGACUGCCAAUGCAGUGCUGGAUUUUCCUCUGUCUUUCCCUGCCUUUCCAACAGCCAAACUCCAACCACCCAGGGAAGGCAGCAGCUGAGAGGUGAAUGAAGAGGCCAUGAGAAGUUUCAACCAAUUUUGAGAGGGAAGGGCAAAUAUUCAUGGUAGAAAUCUCAUUUUGUCAUAUCAGAGAUGGUAUCAGUGUAUACAAAGUAACUUGGGAUUUUUGUAAUUGAUAUUCUCUUGUACUUUUUUUAGGUUAAAUUAAGGGUUCUUGCUGACAUGUUGAAACACAUUUUCUAAAGCAAAUACUUGCAAAUUAUGCCUAGAGAAAUUUAGGUUUCGUAGCUGACAGCUAUGACUGAUUCACGUUGUCAUAUCGGAGGGACUUGACCACGUACCUCGCUCAGAAAGCUCAACCUUUUCAACCCCAAAUUUGCUUUUAUUGCCUUUUAAUACUGACUUGAAAUAUGACAACUUGGUUUGUACAUGAAUAUUGCAGUAUUUUAUUUCCAUAUAUUAAGAAAAUAACAUUUCCGCUCAGGAUAACGGCGGCGCUUUUCCUGGGAGGGAGUGGUAUGAGUGUCAUGACAAUGUCAUGUGAUGGUAGAAUUUCUUCAUUGACGAAUCUAUAGUGGUUGUGUAUACUUUAUUUACCCAUGUUUGUGUUCCUACCCAAAACUGGAGGGUUUUGUUGUUUCCUCCCUGCUGAGCCCUCGGAGCUUCCAGGGCAGAAUUGGAGAAAAGCUCUCAGUGGUGCCCUGAGGAGCACCAGUGAGUGUGACCCAUCCUUUACACCCCCAAAAGUGUGGAAAUCCUGUCAUUUCGGGUACAAACAGCACCCCAGGCACUCGUGGUGGCAGAGCCCCGUUGCCUGCAGGUUUGGCUGAGCCCUUGGAUGCCUCCACCCCACCUGAGCAGCCUGUGCUUGCCAGAAUCGCUGGGUUGAUGUGUGCAACGCCUGUGUGAGACCAGCAUGACCUUCACCUUGCUUUUUUGUGGCCUUCUUCAACCAAAAGCAGCUUUUCUUUUCCCCUUUUCCUUUCCUUUUUCGAAGCAGGGGCACUGGGGGGGGGUCACUGGGUGCAGUUUCCCUGCUUUGGGGGAGCCCUCAGGGCUGGGUGAGAGUUGGGAUCAGUGGUGGAGCCACCCCCGAGCAUUCCUGGCUGGAAUUCCCGGUGGGCUGUGGCUGUGCAGGGACAUCCAGGGUGGCCUCUGCCCUUCUGGGCAAUCCUCGUGCUGCCAGUCCGAAUAAUUCCUGUAUUUGUCUGUUAGAACAACCUCUGGCGUAACAAACUAUUGACUGUUCUUAGGCGGUGGGGAUAAAUUUUGUUUUCUCCAUGACUUUUUGUGACUGACUUUGGCUGUAAAACUUUUUUGUUCAACAGCAAAAGUUUAUUUGGGGAGGAGGGGGGGAAGGGGUGAUUUUUUUUUUGUUGUUCUUGUUCCAAGAUGUGUAAUUCUUUUAUGGAGUUUUUUUUAUUAUUCCUUUUUUUUUUCUAACAUUGCUUCAUUAAACAACUAAAUAUUUAAAAAUGUAAUAUUUGGACCAGAUGUUGUGAAUAAUAGUAGAUAAAGCUAUUUUAUUCUGUAUUUUUAAAGCUGUUCAGUAUAAAUAAACGCGGGCAUAGAUGCAG